CAGCAGCCAAGCCAUCUCCACUCAGAACUCUCAUCCUAGGCCCACUCACGAACGAUUUCACAGUCUACCGGGCUGAUCCUCAAGCUGCAUCGCGCACGCCAAUCUGCCAAUCAUCCAUCACCUUGCGGUUGUCGUACAAACCUACUUCGCAAGAGGGGGGAAAAAGAAAACUUCAUUCGACAAAAGGGCAAAGAGUCGUGCUACAAUCCUUAUGUACACUGAUUGGCGAUCAUCUGCCUCUGCUCGCUGCGUUCGACGCCGUUGGAACACGUAGUGCUGCUGGAUUAGCGCAUACAUACAGCUUGGUCAUAGCAAGACAAGACCGCAGGAUUCUCAUCAGGGACUGCGCCGAUCACAAUGUCACGAGGAGGCAUGGGACGAGGAGCACGUGGUGGGGGACGGGGUAGGGGACGAGGUGGAGGGACAGACCUGCUCUCCAGCACCGGUCAAUUCAGCUACGACGAGAUCCGCAGCGGCAUGAACAGCAAAUCGCAGUCAUCCAUCUAUCCCGUUCCUCCCAGUCACGCCAUCACUCCUGUUCCUCAAGUGUCCGAACUCAGAGCAGCGACCGCUCAAUUGGCUCUCUUGCAAGAGAUGAAAUUGGGUCCUUUUUGGCCUGGCAUGCAAGAUGAUCCGCAGAACGCCGCCGCGUCUACAUCGGCUUCGACGACCACGACGACGACGACGGAGAGAAAGAGCGGAUUGGAAUUGCCCAGGUAUUCGGAUAGGUACAAACCAAAAGCUUUGAACGCACCUUCAUCGCACGGUAGUGGUGGUGCUACUGGUCCUUCUUUGACGAGUCUGAUCCUUCAACGAGAAGUCUUUCCUCAAAUACUAUGGAAGUCUUAUAUGCAAGGAGAAGAGAGGAGAGAAGCUUUGCGCGCUGCCAAAGCCACGAGCAAAAAACGCGCUCGGGUGGAUUGGGAUUCGUUCGAGCGUGGUGGGGGCAGCAAGGCAGUCGGUGCUGGUGCUGCUGCUGCUGCUGGUGCGGGCGGGGACGGCGAUGAGGAUGUGGAUCAGGAUAAGGAUGAAGAGGAAGAGUUGGACGCGUAUGAAGACGAUGAGGAUGAGGGAGAUUAUGCGGCUGAGGAUUACUUUGAUGAUGGCGAUGGGGACGAUGAGGAUGCGCUAGAUAGCUAUGCGAGAGGUGCAAGGGGUGGUGGCAACGCUGAUGGAGAGUACGACUAGUCUUUGAUCCCAGCUCGAAAAACAUGCGUGUGCACCCGCAUCUGGCACACCACACCACAGCGCAUGCGCACGGCAUCGUCGCGGCAGUCACAAAAGGAACAACAAAAGCACAUCCCACCUUUGCUCCGACUUCGUCCUGGCAGAAUUCCUUGUACAGCUCGAUACGCUCAUACAUUGUCGUCUCGUCAUCCAAAGAUCACCUCUUUGCGCCUUUUCGUCUCAGCUACAAGUCCUCUCGGGCCUGUCCGUGCUCUGGUUGUCCAUCAACCUAGGGACCGUUCCGCU